AUGGACUCGAACAAUCUUCUAUCUCUAGAAUAUACGUUCAGUAGUUCCCUGGUUAGUCUGAGGCGGUCAGUCUCAAGAGAGAUUUCCGCUUCUGUUUCUAAAAUACGACGGCAGUUCCUAUGUGUUCAGAGCGAAUUUAAUAAUGAGAUUUCUCGCUUACGUGAACAAAAUAAAGCUCUCGUUCGAACUUUGCAGCAGAUGGAGGAAAUGAUAAAAGGAAAAGAAAUUGAAAUAUAUGGAUUACGCCAUCAAUUGCAAAGCUUCUCGGCUGGGCGAGUUGUGUGUUCUAAUUGCUCUGGAGAUUCUAUCCAAGCUAGAAACACUUUAGUAAGAAACACUGUCUUUAACCCAACCAAGAAACGCCCGCUUACGACAAUUUCAUCGUCGAUAUCAGAUGGUUUGUCGGAAUCCAGUUUAAAUAGUCAUAUUCAGCAGCCCAUAAAAAAACGUCCAUAUGUGCUGGCGAACGAUGUUGAAAGCGCCGAUGUAGAAAACAUUAACAACAUAACACCAAAAGGUGUUCGCAAAUCCCCUUCUGGAGCACCUGAUGAGAGUCAAUGUGAAGACGAAGUAUCCAAAAGCGAAUCUACAACACUAACUAACAGCGUUUUCCCUGUCGGUUCCCUUAGCCCACCAUCACAAAUUUAUGAUGCUUCCUUAGCAGUAAAAAAUGCAAUUAAUCACAACGAUCUGGCUGAUUACGAUGCUACUUGCAGGGAUUCUUCUAUGUUGGAUAUGUCAGGUGCAAAUAAUGAAGGGAACAUGUUAGAGUCUCCAAGUACUAACCGGACGGGACCUAUUGGCGCAGAAUUUAUUCCAGGUAUUAGAAACCCUAACAAGUUAAUAUCAGCGAACGGCCCUGACCGGGUUCAGGUUGUCUGUCAUCGACCAAAACGUACACAUCGACCAUCUUGUCGUUACUUUCAUCGUACAUUUUCCAGUAAAGAAAACAAGCAAGAAAAACAGAAAUCUGAUGAUACUGGUGAUGACAUAAGUCUGCCUUCUGGUUUUCUCGAAUCCGAAACAUCAGUUCAUUUACCACCAAAAUCCAUUACUAGCGAUACAUCAACAAAGCACAAACGUAAUAAAGCGAAAUCUCACUUCCCAUCUAUUGGUGGUUCACCGACCCGUGAUGAGUCAAACUUCAAGUUUCCACUUCCUCCACAACGUACAACCUUGGUUGCAAAAAAAACACUUUCUGUUGCAAAUAGCGUUGGUGUUAUGUGUCUUAAUCAGACUGAUACGAACGAUGCGUCUGAAAAGUCUGAUAUGGAUCAAGAAAAUAGUGAUGAGAAUAUCGUUUACCCGUGUGACCUUUGUAAUCAAGUCUUUAAACAUAAACCUGCUCUUUGUAGUCACAAAAAAUGUGCUCAUCGUGCUAAGCCUACUAAAAAAUCUCAUGGAAAAUCAGUCAAUCGAACAUCACCAUCAACACCAGAUGGUUUUUGGAAUAUUGACCUAGAACAACAUGACAAGGGAAAGGAGAAUGUUCCGGUUACAAAUACGACUGAUACUGAAGUGAAUAUUCAACACUCUUCCCGCCGCCGUCGACCUUUAAACUUUCCCUCAUUUGAAAUAUCUCCCACACCAAUUUAA